UUUCAUAGAAGGCCAUAUCUAAUGACUAUAUUAACAGCGCUAGUGUUAUCUGAUAUCUACACUGCCCGAAAGAUCCCCGUGUCCUUUCCAGUGAUCUGGAGUGGCUUCAUUGCUCAUUUGGACGGCUCUACACCUUUCCUAGAUCCACUCAAAAGCUCCAAAAUACCGCGUGCUUGAUCCAACGGAAUAACUUCGCUGCUUUGGCGCCCUGGAAAAGCUCUAUGUUUUUCUUAUCGGGUCAAUCAUUCACUCAGGCUGAAGCUCCCAGUCUACUUCUUUGGCUUAUCAGCGCGCCUUGAAGGCGGAUAGUCAUGUCAACUGUAUGAUGUGACUUUCUGAUGGGUUCGUUCCAAUACAAACAUGGGAUGCGAGGCACGUGUGCUGCCUCUUGUGGCAUGCUCAUCGUGGGGCCUGGACUUUCUGGGGCGCUCUGGCUUGGACGCAUAUAAGGACCCUCAUAUACCAUAUAGUCUUACAUCUUCGCAAUCCAGACACUCGACAUGUCCAAGGCUAGCAGCUCAUUAGGCGAACAGCCCUUUGGCAUCUACAAGAUGGCACCUGGCAGCGGCGGCAAUUACGGCAUGAAAUUUGUCACGACGAGCAAGCAUGCCACCCAUCAGAGCACGCCCGACAAUGUUGUCGUUCAGUCUAACAGAUAUCUUACGACGGUAUGUCAAGUGCUAGUGGGGACAUCCAAUCGAAUUGAGUCGUAUUUACUGGCUGGCAUCGGGCAGUGGAAAUUUGAAAAGGACGGAACCGGUGAUUUGUAUACCAUUCAGAGUGGCCCCAUCAGCAAGGACUAUACCAAACCUGAAGCUGGGACGAAUAAGGCAGGUGACAAGGUACUUGCGGGAUCCCACUCCUUCAAGUGGACUAUUAAAGAGACUGAUACCGAAAAUCACUACCACAAAAUUUACUUGGACUCAAAGGCAACCGUCCCUCUUGUAUGGUACAUUGCCGACGGCAAGGACGGAGCAUCUGUCAUGUUGGCAGACUCGAGCAAGGUCUCAGCCGAGUGGAUUUUGGAAAGCAUCCCAGACAGUGGCACACCCCAAUCCGUGUCCAUCGGCAGUGGCGGCAAAUACAGACUGAAAUUUGUCACGACGAGCAAGCAUGCCUCCCAUAAGAGCGCCUCCAACGAUUCUGUUGUUCAGUCUAGCAGUGAUAAUACUAAGUGGAAUUUUACAAAGGUCUCCGGUGGCGAUGACUUGUUUACCAUUCAGAGCACCGCCAGUAGCAAGUAUGCCAGGCCUGAGACGAAGGCAGGUGACAAGAUAGUCGCGGGAUCCGACUCCUUCAAGUGGACUGUUACAGAGACUGAUACUGACAAGCACUACUACAAAAUUUACUUGGACCCAAAGGCAACUGUCCCCCUUGUAUGGUACCUUGCCGACGACAAGGACGGAACAAACGUCACGUUGGGAGAUGCUAGCAAGGUCUCAGCUGAAUGGAUUUUGGAAGAGAUUCCAACAAAGCUUCUCAAAGCGCAUGAUAUAAAAUCGUCGUAACUGUAUGAGGUUCAGUAUAGCGAUCUGUACGAGUGGCAAUUGAGGGCUAUUUGAUCAUCAUUCUGUGCUA